UUUUUUUUUUUUUUUUCAUAAAGAAUGUCAUUGUUGUUUUUCUGUUUUACCUUCUCAUCUUUAAGAUCUGCACAAUAACUCCUGUCACAGAAGCCUCUCUGUCUACCACCUCUUCUGGGCUUACCUGACACCUGUGGCCUUGUCCUGACAUUGAUCUCACAUGGGUGAUUGUGAAUUUACUUCUGUCUCCCCUGCAGAAAACCCGAUCCUCAAGGGCAAAUACAGGAUGUAUCUUCUGAUACACCUCUGUGCCCCCUGCCCUGGCCUUGGGCUCCAGGCUGGAAACAGAGUGGGAAAUUAGGAAGUAUUUGGUUACAAGGGAGACAACAUUAAACCAGCUUGUGGCAAACCCUGGUGGUCGGAGAAUUUGGAUGUGACCCGCCAUUGGCCCUGGGAGGUGAGCCUCCGCAUGGAAAAUGAGCACGUGUGUGGAGGGGCUCUCAUUGACCUCACCUGGGUUGUGACUGCUGCCCACUGCAUCCAAGGCACCAAAGAGUAUUCAGUAGUUCUUGGCACCUCCAAGCUGAAGCCCACAGACUCCAUGAAGGCCCUCUUGAUCCCUGUGAAGGACAUCAUUAUGCAUCCCAAGUACUGGGGCCGGACAUUCAUCCUCAGUGACAUAGCCCUUCUCCAACUUGAGACUCCUGUUGUCAUCAGCAAGUAUGUGCAGCCCAUCUGCCUCCCGGAGCCCAACUACAAUCUGAAGGUUGGAACACAGUGCUGGGUGACUGGCUGGGGCCAGGUUAAACAACGCUUUUCAGCCAACUUCACAAUGACUCCAGAGCUGCAGGAGGCUGAGGUGUUUAUCAUGGACAACAAGAGGUGUGACCGGAUUUACCGCAAGAAGUCCCUCAUCCCCCGCUUCGUCCCCCUUGUCCUGGAGGACAUGAUCUGUGCCACCAAUUAUGGAGAAAAUUUGUGCUAUGGGGAUUCUGGGGGUCCAUUGGCUUGCGAAGUGGAGGGCAGAUGGAUUCUUGCUGGGGUGUUAUCCUGGGAAAAGGCCUGCACCAAAGUACAUAAUCCAGGCGUGUAUACCCGUGUCACCAAAUACAGCAAGUGGAUCAAGAAGCAAAUAAGUAAAGGGGUUCUCUCAGGCCCCUACACCUCUGUUUGGCUCCUACUACUGUUCUGGCUGCUGUAGCCCCACAUGGGCCCCUGAUCUCCCCUCUCCCUUUUUCUCCAUGCUUUGCCUCUGCUGAAUGGGGCCAGAUCAAGGCUGGACCAAGGUCAUGGGUCUGUAUUCAAAAAGAGUCGGGGUGGGGAAAGAGUGGCCCCUGGGAGACUGAGUCCUGCUUUGGCCUCAUAGUGGGGAGAGAUGUGGUAGAUGACAAGGUCUUGAGUGACCAAGAAAAGGGAAAUGUGGCCUAGAAUGGCUCUGGAAUUGGGGACUAGGAUAGCAGCGAUUAAAUUUGUGCAAACAUGA